UCAUUGUUCCAAAAUGGCGGGUUCKCUAGCAUUUGGCUCGGUACCGCCAUUUUACCGAGAGAUUUAUCAGAUAGUAUGUCCGAACCAAGAGAACAGGAUCGAACGUGAGAUGUUUGURAAAAUCUUGGUUAAAUCAAGUCUUCCAAAGUCUUCUCUUACACUAAUAUGGGAGGCAGUAGAUCCCAAACAAGAUGGCUACGUGACAAGAGACGGACUUUACAAGGGUCUUGCAUUAACUGCACUGGCACAACAAGGAAAACCAGUAUCAGACAAAGCACUGGAAUCAUUUUCAGACUCAGAAUUGCCAAAACCAUCAUUGGGUGAUUUAUCUGACCUGAAAACACUUAGUGCUCGAGUACACAGAGAAAAAAAUCCCAAUAUUUUGGGCUAUGGAUACGAAGAUCUCUUAAGUCUUGAUACUAUUGAAGUUGAACUGCUGGCAGAAAAGAAAGGAAUUAUACUCAAGCACAAUGAAUAUCAUGUUUCCAGUCGGAGACAUAACAUUACUGUGAACAGGAGAUAUAAUGACUUUGUUGCUUUUCAUGAUGUUUUGCUGCAAAGAUUCCCAUACCGUCUUGUUCCCAAGCUCCCCCCAAAGAAGCUGAUGGGAGCCAGUAAAGAGUUCAUUGAAGCAAGAAGAAAAGCACUGAAGCGUUUCUUGACCCUUGUAGCACGUCACCCUGUUCUUUGUGAAGACAAAAUAGUGAUUUUCUUUUUCACUAUCAAAGGAUCGGAUAUUGGACAGAAGAUGAAGGACCAGUUCAAAUCAUAUCCUGAUGAAUUUGUGACAAGUCCUUUAUCAUCUGGAAUAAGAGAGUUGGUUCCRAUGGAUGUUCAAGCAAGUUUCAGUGCUAGUAAAGAUCAAAUCCGUUGUAUUCAUAACUCUGUUGACAAAAUGAAAGAUGUAGCUGACAGACAGACUGCAAGGACACUUGGGUUUUCAAUGGAUAUGCUGACAUUUGCUAGAGAAUUAAGUGCUCUUAGUGGAGAUUCACAUCCAACAACAGUCUGGGCCAGUGGUAACAAUGACUCAUGGGGACACUUAAAGCAUGGAUUCAAUGGUCUUACGAAUCAUUUUAGUCAAAUAUCAGACAAAGCAGCACAAUGGUUUAAACGGGAUGACAUUGGUGCUGUAGAAACCUUGGCACUUUUUCUUGAAAUCACAAGUUCAUACAAGGAUCUCUGUGACCGUCAUGAAAAGGGUGUUUUGAAAGACCAUCAAAAUGCUUUACACAAAAUGCAGCAGAUCAAAAAGAGACAAAUCAUGUCUCAAGCCAAAGGACAAGACAACCUUUUCGAUGCAUUGGAAAGCAAGAUCUUGGAACAAGAAGCAGAUAUCAGCAACAUGGAGAAUAGAAACUUCUUCUCUCUUCAUUGUUUACAGAUGGAGACCCAGUUGGUUCAUGCCAAUGUCAAGAUGAUUGCGGUAGCACUGGAGCAAAUGAUUGCCUCAAGUUCUCUAGGAAACAAAGAGCUUGCUAAACUGUGGGCCGAUGCAUACCCUUCAAUUGAAGGCUUAGUUCAAAAGGAUGCAGAUUCACCACCAGGGUCGCCUCCUCAAUGAAUCCACAUCAAAUUAAUUCAAUUUACUUUUUAUAUAAAACUCUAUAACAAGAGAAUUUAARAUAGUGAAAAUAGAUCUCAUCACCUACUUUGGCCUUCUUUCAGACCACAUGAUAAUGUGGAGAGAAAUGGCUGAACAGCAGUCAGUGGCAAGUAAGGUAUAUACUUCAUUACAGAAAAUAUCAUGUGAUCUGAAAUAGGCAGUUUACAUAAAUAAACGUAAAAUUAUCGAAGGACCUUUUGGAUAGAGAGGAAGUGCCAAUGUUUAUUAGGGUAAAUCUACUGUUGUUUUAUUAAUCCCUUGUGGAACACAAAACAACAGAUUCAUAUUGUUUSAUAAGGGGUAUCGAAUGGUAAAAUUCCGAGCCUCGCUGAGCCUGCGAGCCCCUCRUUUUAAAAUCCGAACCUGAGCCUUUGGCUGAACGAGUCCRAUAUUUCKGCAAUUGYGAGCUUCCRAGCCAAAAGCAAUUUUAAAUCUGAGCCCCUUUCUUUUAAGCGCCGAGCUUGUGARCCUUGCAAAAUUUUUGGCAAGCCUCGCGAUUUAUGAGACACCAUUYUAUACCCCUUUSAUAGUAAAUAWAGUAAGAGAGUUAUUCAUGUUAGCAAAUCACAACAAAAUCACACAAAAAUAAGAUAAUAUUCUUUUAAACAAUUGAGUUUUCUUGAAUUAAAUUUUAUUAAUUUUAAGCAAUUUGGGCUCCAGAUUUAAUACAUUUCAAACAUGGCUGGAAUAGAAAACUAUAAAAUUUUACAUUCUAUUUUGUAAGUUUUGUUACUGCGGUUUCUUUGGUUUGCUUUGGUUGAAUAGCAAAAAUAAGUUAAGCCAUCCAUCACUAGUACAUUUUCAAAAGCCUCARUAUCAGGCUUAAAGAGGUUUGGUUCAGCACCAACCCAGGCUUACUCAAAGAGUUUGGGUUCAGCCCCAACCCCCUUCAAGAGAGCCUACUACACAGACAUUUCAUACCCAGAACACCCCAGUUGGUCACUCUGAGGUGCUAUGGAUACGAAGCUGCUACACCAUAAGAUAUAUACAUAUAAUAUAGAGUAGUUUUUUCUUUUUAUAAAUCAACUAAAAAAAACUAUUUUUCGCUUUGGAUUUUAAGUGGUUAUAGAUACUCUCAGAAUUGUGCACUGUAUUAGAAAACGCAUUAAGACAUACAAGAAAGCCCUCCUCAUGGAUAUUAAACUAAUUACACUUCA